CAAAAAUAUUAAAACUUUAGUGCUUUAUUUUUUUGAAAAAAAAACUUGAGUUCUUUAUUAUACGACGUCAUUUUGGGUAGCAUUUUUCCGUUGAUAUUUUAUGUUGGAGACUGAACCAGACAGAAAAGAGAAUCUCCCAAAAAAAAAAAGUAGAUGGCAACGUCGAAGCUUCAAGCACUCUGGAACCACCUGGCGGGACCUAAGACAAUUCAUUUCUGGGCCCCAACUUUCAAAUGGGGUAUAAGUAUUGCUAACAUUGCAGAUUUCCAGAAACCUCGAGAGAAUAUUUCAUACCUUCAACAAAUUGCUGUGACAUGUACUGGAAUGAUUUGGUGUCGUUGUAGCACUGUAAUCACUCCUAAAAACUGGAACUUGUUCAGUGUUAAUGUAGCUAUGGCAGCGACAGGGAUAUACCAACUUUCCCGUAAAAUUAAGUAUGAUUAUGUAACUGAAGAAGAGGCUGCUACUGAAAAUGAAUGAUGAUUAAAAAUACGUGAAAGCUUUUUGAUGAAAAAGUUCUUUCAUUAAGGUCUUGUAACUAGAGUACUAGACAUCUCUUUUCUUCAACAUAUGCCAAUGUUUGAUUUUUAUUAUACAGUGAAUGAUAAAAUCAACAUGUUAU